AUGUCGGGGGAGCUCGGGGAGAAGGAGGAGGUGAUCGUGCGCGUGAAGCGUGGUCCGGAGGGGUUUGGGGAUGUUAACAAAAUUGCCGACGAGAUCCUCGACAAGGUGACGCUCCCGCAGGACGUGAAGGAUGCUGUUCGCAACGACAUUUGCGAGCUUGGCACGAUCGUGCCGCAGCUGUGCUCCUGGUGCGACUGCUUAGUGGUGAAGCUUGAGCUGAUCGGAGAAAAGAACUGCAAGCGCUGGCACCGCGACUUCUGGUGCGCUCGCGCCAUCGUCACCUAUAACUCAGCAGGCACACUCUACACGGGGGACGAGAAUGUGAAUUUUUGGGAGCUGGAACACAAGGGCACCAAUGAGCGCAUUAUCCGCGACAACUCGGAGAUCCACUCUGCGGGCGUUGGGGACAUCCUCUUCAUCAAAGGCGUGAAGUAUCCGGAUCCUGUGAAAGGCUUGAUCCACAGGUCACCGGAAGCCCAGUACCACGACAGCGGUCUCGUGCGCAAUCGCCUCGUGCUAAAGGUCGAUGUGCCCGAACCCGAG